AUUGAUGGUCAUAAAGAGGAGGAUGGAACUGACAGCUUGAGCACUGUGGGAAAGAGGGACUUUCCAUGCUUCGCCAUUUUCCAAGCCAUUUCGGCACUGUUCCCGGACAAAGGCUCACCAGAGGAACUCAGAGAAAAGUACAUAGAAUUAACUGAUCCGACUGCCCUGCCACCUGAGUGCACACCCAACAUUGAUGGGCCGAGUGCUGAAAGUGUACCUCAGGAACAGACGAUGCACUCCUUCCACACACUUUUCUGCCGGCGGUGCUUCAAAUACGAUUGCUUCCUCCACCCUACCAAGGGAAGUACAGACGCCCCAGGCCUGGCAACGUCACACCCUCGACCCCAUGGCGGAAAGAGAAAGAGCCCAGAGCUGCGACCACUCAUGGAACCUUGUUCGCAGUUCUGCUAUCUGCAUCUACCUGAUGCAAAAGAGAAGAUGGUCAAUGCAGCCUCCCUGACAUCAGAUAAGCUGAGAGAUGACAAUGAAUCCUCCAAUGACGCCAAGCCAAGAAAGAUCCGGAAACACGCCUCGGUAGACUCGGGAAAUGAAGCGAGCUCUGAGGACAGCAACGAUAGUAUAAGAAUGAGUGGGCGGAAGGGAGAGAAGACAAACUCAGGAUGUGUACUAUUUUGCACAAAAAGAAGCAACCGAUUUGCCUGCUGAUGCAAGUGUCAAAGACAACACACCACCUCGCAAGAAGAAGAAGAAGCAUCGCUUGUGGUCAAUGCACUGUAGAAAGAUUCAGCUCAAGAAGGACUCUUCAAGCAAUCAUGUAUACAAUUAUUCUCCAUGUGACCACCCUAAUCAGCCCUGUGAUCACAACUGUGGCUGUGUUAUGACGCAGAACUUCUGUGAGAAAUUCUGUAACUGCAGUCCUGAUUGCCAAAACAGAUUUCCUGGUUGUCGGUGCAAGGCCUCGUGCAACACAAAGCAGUGUCCAUGCUUUCUAGCUGUGCGAGAGUGUGACCCAGACCUUUGUGUCACUUGCGGAGCUCAUGAAUUCUCAGUUAGUAAGAUCACCUGCAAGAAUGUAUCCGUUCAGCGAGGAUUGCACAAACACCUCCUGAUGGCUCCCUCGGAUGUAGCAGGCUGGGGCAUCUACCUCAAAGACUCGGCACAAAAGAAUGAGUUUAUAUCUGAAUACUGUGGGGAAAUAAUAUCUCAAGAUGAGGCAGAUCGCCGUGGCAAAGUCUACGACAAGUACAUGUGCUCCUUCCUUUUUAAUUUGAAUAAUGAUUUCGUGGUUGAUGCAACACGCAAGGGGAAUAAGAUCCGCUUUGCAAAUCACUCCAUUAAUCCAAACUGUUAUGCUAAAGUCAUGAUGGUUAAUGGUGACCAUCGCAUUGGCAUAUUUGCAAAAAGGCAUAUUCAAUCUGGCGAGGAACUGUUCUUUGACUACAGAUAUGGACCAACAGAACAGCUAAAAUUUGUCGGCAUAGAAAGGGAAAUGGAGUUCCUUUAAUGAUGGCCAAUAAUCUAAAUCUUUACGUACCUAAGGUGAAAAAAGAAAAUCACUGUUAUUUAAGCCAUAUCACUGUUUUGUAUGAUUUUCUUUUUCCUUUCCUGUUAACAUAGAUGGGAAGGUAUUAAUAUUGUGCUGCUAUACUGUAUAUUUCUAUUGCCUGUUGAGAUCCAAAGAGAAACCUGUAUGUAAUCGUGAAAAAUUAGGCUUUUGGACUGUGAUGGUAUUUUGACUAAUCUUUACUGAUUUCCUCAUUUUAUAUAUUUAUACAUAAGCUUGCUGAGUAUUUUGACACUUUGUUGUUGAAUGAUAGUUGAUGAAUAGGAAAAGAAACGUAUAUUAGUGUUUUUUAGAAUUCAUUAUUAUUUAGGAAUCCAAUAAUAAAAAGCAUGAAUUAAUGUCAUUUCAAAAAGAAGAGAAAUGAAGAAUAUUUAAAAAAUUAUUUG